AGCCCUGGGCCUGUAGAUGGCUCGCUCCGCCAUGCGUGACACGUCCUCCUGCAGAGCAAACAUCACACGUACAUCUCCAUCUCACCAUAACAUAAUCUUUGACUUGGCUCAUGAAGCUCUGGCUCCUGGUUUAGGCUUACAUGCUGAGGAUAAUGCUAUUACUUUCCUUCAGCAUUCUGCCUAGUUUUUUCGUCGGCUUCAUAACAGAGGGUUACUUUCAGAUUGGAGGGUCUGUUGCUGUUUUUUUUUCUUGGUUGUUAUUGUCUCUCUGAUGCAGCUGGAUAGAAUCGCAAAUUUCCCAAAGUGUGUGUGUCGGCUCUGUAAGUCCAUCCAGUGGGCAGAGGCUUAUGGGAAAGUUUCCGAGUGUUUGGCAGAGGGUGAGAGCCAGGCCAGAGUACAUAGCAGUCCGCAGAGAGGAGCAUACUUCCCAUUUUUCAGAGGACUGAUCGAUCAUGCACUUCAAAUCCUCCCGUCCACCACUGAGGAGUCACUGAUAUGUAAUGUGGAACGGAUCGGCAUAUAGCACAGCUGUGAAACUGACUGACUGGGCCGUCCUUCCUUCUGCAGGUGGACAUGGAAUUUUUGUCAUGUACCAAAGCCCCAGUCUGCACUGGAUGGGUGUGGACCCUCUUUCGGAGUGACUGUGACUAUGGUGGUGGCCUCCAUCUUUGAUGGGACGUUACAUAGCAACUCAAGUGCUACACCAAAGAGAGACCACAGCCUGUCGUUUCCAAUGGGAACAAAUGAGUCAUAGUGGGCAGAACAAGCAAGGAGGGGGGCAGAGCCAAGCACAAGGGAAUGUGUGGGUGUAGAGGACUACCACCAGGCUGCUGAGUGAACCUGUCUGCCCAUAAAACAGCACCCAGUAUGGACAUUGUGGAAGACUUCCCUCCCCCACCUCCUGAAAUGUUGGCGGACGAUGUGCCUUAUGCGGAUGAAGAAGAGGGGGAGCAGUUUGAAUUUGACGACAGUGGGGAUGAGGUCCCUGAGGCAGACCGGCCGCCCCCUGCCCCUCUGGCCCCUGACUACGGGGCCCAGACCAAUGGUGUGGCCCCCCACCCAGAACCAGAAGGAGCAGACUCUGAAACCCACCUAGAGGGGCAGCCCUCAAACCCAGACCCCCCAGCAGCGACAGCGACUGUGGACACAACUACUGCUACAGUUGCCGCAUCACUUCCAGCUACCAUGGCCACAACAGACACAGCAGUUGUGGCUGCAGCAGAAGGGGAAGAGGCUUCAGUAGUCCUAGUCCCAGCUGACACAGACAGUGACCUACCCCCUCCUCCACCUUCAGAGGACUCCUCUCCUGUAGGAACAGACUCUGUUGAUAAGGAAGUGUCCAGCGAUGACCCUCCCCCAGCCAACCCCAGGACCACCUCCCAGAAGAAAGUCAACCCCUACUCUGUGAUUGACAUCACCCCCGUCCAACUACAGCAGCUGGAGCAGCAGCAUGGGCUUGCCCCUUCCUCACCGGUUGAGAGGGUGGGAGGAGAGGGGGAGGGACAGGAUGUUUUCCCUACCAGUCCCCCCUGUGUCCCCCCGGGUUACUCUGUGCCUGUGCCCUGUGGAUACGCCACCCCCUCUGGCGUGCCCCUCAUCACGCCAGCCUACACCACGCCCAUCAUCAUCCGACACUUCUCUGUGGACGAGGACGUUACUGUGGUGGGGACAUGCAACACUUCUGUAGACAGUGUCUUCAGUGAAGAGUAUCCUGCCAUCAGGGAGGAGGAUGCUUUGUCCAAAUGGGUGUCGGACCCUGCAAACACAGCCUGGAUGGAUAAUCCAGAUGAAGUAAUUUAUGAUGACGUGCCCAGAGAGAACUCUGAUUCAACUACAGAGCCAGAUGAGAUGAUCUAUGACGAUGUGGAGUUUGGGGAGGAGGGCUGUGGCAGCUCCCUAGACAUCGGUUGGAGCUCCAGCGAGUUUGAGAGCUACGACGAGCAGAGUGACGGAGAGGGCCACGGGGAGAACGGCCUGCCUGAUGCCUUCAUGAGAGGGAAGCCACCGCAGAGCAAGACCACCCAUCUUUCUCAAGAUCUGACACGCUUGAAAGAACACUAUGAGAAAAAGAUGAAAGAUCUUAUGGCAAAUACAGUGGGAACGGUAGAGCUGCAGCAGAUUAAACAGAAACACGAGCAGAAGAUGCAAAAGCUGGUGAAGGCAGCGAAAGACGGGACCAAAGACGGCCUGGAGAAGACCAAAGCAGCGGUGAAAAGGGGACGGUCGUUCAUCAAGACCAAAACCCACUGUCAGGAGAGGAAGUCGACCUGUUUUGAGGAUGAGGAGUCAGAGCUCUUCAUCGAGGUGGAAUGCUUCAACAUGGAGCCAGUGCUCAGUCCCGUCCCUGAGGGGCUCUCACAACAACAGGUGGUGAGGAGGUGUAUACUGGGCUCCAUAUUAGAGAGUGAGAAGACCUAUCUGGAUGCACUGAAGCGGAUUUUAGAGCAAUAUGAAAAGCCACUUUCAGAGAUUGAGCCCAGGUUGCUAAGCGACAGGAAGCUGAAGAUGACGUUCUAUCGUAUCCGGGAGAUUCUCCAGUGCCACGCCCUGUUCCAGAUCGCCCUGGCGUGCCGCGUGGCCGAGUGGGACAGUCUGGAGAUGAUCGGGGACGUCUUUGUUGCCUCGUUCUCCAAGUCCAUGGUGCUGGACGCCUACUGUGAGUUUGUGAACAACUUCAGCACGGCCAUGGCGGUGGUCAGGAAGACGUGUGCCUCCAAACCCAGCUUCCUGGACUUCCUCAAGCAUCGUCAGGAUACCAGCAGUGACCGGGUCACUCUCUACGGACUCAUGAUGAAGCCCAUCCAGAGAUUCCCUCAGUUCAUUCUGCUGCUGCAGGACAUGUUGAAAAACACCCCAGUAGGCCACAGUGACAGGCUACACCUACAGAUGGCCCUGACAGAGCUGGAAACCCUGGCUGAGAAGCUCAACGAGAAGAAGCGGGACGCUGACCAGCGCUGCGAGAUCAGACACAUAGCUAAGGCCAUGAACGAACGCUACCUCAACAAGCUCCUGAACAACGACAGCCGUUACCUGAUUCGCUCAGACGACAUGGUGGAGACAGUCUACAACGACCGCGGUGAGGUCAUCAAGACCAAGGAGCGACGCCUUUUUCUUCUCAACGACGUGCUCAUGUGUGCCACGCCCAACGUCCGGUGCAGUGUGGAUGGCAGUGGUAGUGGCAACGUCCCCCCGGGCCAGAAGUUCCUGCUGAAGUGGAGUGUCCCGUUGAGCUUUGUGGACGUGGUAGAGUUUGGUUCCAGUGAGGACAUGGGCGACAACAGCCGCUUCACCCCCCAACCCCACUCUGGAGAGAAGGUGGUCGUCAACGCCAAGCCAAAUAAGCUGUACAUGGGUCCAGGCCAGCUGUACCAGGACCUGCAGAACCUCAUCCACGACCUCAGCCUGGUCAACCAGAUCUCCAGCAUGAUCGGUAGCCUCAAGGGAAACUACCAGAACGUUAACCCUACGGUGGCCCAUGACUGGGUGUCGGGUCUGCAGCGUCUCAUUCUGAAGAAGGAGGACGAGAUCCGGGCUGCAGAUCGCUGUAGGAUCCAGCUGCAGCUGCCUGGCAAACAUGACAAGUCUGGCAGGCCCACAUACUUUUCUGCUGUGUUCAAUACCUUCUCUCCAGCCAUCAAACAGUCCUGGAUCAGUAACCUGCAGAUGGCCAAGCUGGCUCUGGAGGAGGACAAUCUGCAGGGCUGGUUCUUUGCGGAGGAUGAUGGUAACCAGAUCAAGAAGCAGAAACAUCCUCUCCUGCUCAGGCAGAUGCCUGUGGUCAUGUCCAAACUACAGGAGUUCAAGGUGGAGUGUGCGGUCCAUAACCCCGAGCCCCACAUCAACAUAGGGAGUACAGCAGACACACCUGCACUCGGACACGGCUGUGUGUGGGUGGCGAGCUGCACCAACCAGAUGGGUCAGAUAGCCAUCGUGGCCAUGCAGAACUCCAGCCCCAAGGUGACAGAGUGUUUCAAUGUGGAGUCUCGGAUCCUGUGCAUGGCCUAUGUACCCAUGGAGCAGAGUACCCAGGAGAAUAGGAUGGGGAACCCCGAAAAUAACCUCUCCUUAGUGGGGAAGGCCAGUGACAACCCUACUGUCUGCCUGGGCAUGGAGGAGGGCAGUAUCAUAGUGUAUAAGAGCAGCCAGCAGUCCAAGAAGGUGCGCCUCCAACACUUCUUCAUCCUAGACAAGUCCACUGUGACCAGCCUGGUGCACAAGAAGCAGUGUUUAUACGCUGGCCUAGUGAGUGGCUCAGUUGCCAUCUACUCCAGAGCAGAAGAUGGCUCGUGGAAUCCAGACUCUCCUAAGGUGCUGAAGCUUGGGGUUCUGCCAGUGAAGGCCAUGCUAGCUGUGGAGGGCCACGUAUGGGCUUCCUCUGGAGGACAAGUCUUCAUCAUUAGCACUACCACGCACACUGUGGAGAGGCAGUUGGAGGCCCACCAGGAGGAAGGCAUGGUUGUAUCCCACAUGGUGGUGGCUGGAGUGGGUAUCUGGAUAGCCUUCAGCUCUGGGUCCACCCUCAGACUGUUCCACACGGAGACCCUGGAGCCUCUACAGGACAUCAACGUCGCUACGCCUGUACACAACAUACUGGCUGAUUCAGGUUAUGAAGAUGUGUAUUUUCUGGCCAUAGGAAACCAGAGGGUCUCUGUGAGCAGUCUGCUGGUAUGUCAUGGUCUGCUGCUGGUGGGGACCAACCUGGGAGUGACAGUGGCCCUCUCUGUCCCUAGACUACAGGGCAUCCCCAAGGUCACAGGACGGGGCAUGGUAUCUUUCCAUGCCCACCACGGCCCAGUGAAGUUCCUCACCAUGGCAGCCGCCGUGUGCAACCGGACCUCAGGCAACUCAGACAGCCCAGGCAGCAGCCCACCCAGCCAGCCAGGGGACACCCAGGACGGGGAGGCCUCCCCACCUCCACCCCCAGGCUCCACACCCAGUCCUGCUGCUACUCAGGGCCGGGGAGUGUGGCUGGGGGAGGCAGGCUGCACCUCCAUGGCCCUCCAGGACUCCCUGUCGUCCUCCUGUGGCUCCCUGGCUCUGUCCCAGGGCUCUCUGGAGCAUGGGCCUGAGGACGGGGCCAUCUAUGACCUGGUCAAUGACCCAGCCAAUCACCAGAGGGGCAGGAGGGUCAAGAAGGUGGACGUCGGCUCUCUGCUUGUGGUGUCGGGGGGGCUGGGUCACCGCAGGGUCAACAGGAAGAGCAAACAGUCCCGCCAGGAGGAGACGGUGUCCACCAUUAUGGUGUGGCAGAUCCCUCUUCUCAACAUGUAAGAGACCAGAGACUAAAGACUAACUACCACAGUGCAGCAAGGGUGCUGCAGUUCCUUUUGGAAGUCAGUGACACAACUCCAAAGGAUGUCCAUUGCCAUAGUUGUCUGGACUUUGGACUCAGUCAACUCAACCAUGUGUCUUAGAAUGAAAAAUACUUUAGAGGGCAUUCCAUAAACAGUUUGAAGAGUUUCUUAUGGUAUCUCCCACCCAAAAACCUAUCGCCUUAUGUACAUGUGAGACAUUCCCAUUGGGUCAAUGCCAAGGGAUCAAUACACUAUAACCACUUUUUCAUGGCACCUGACUUUGCUUACAGCAUUCAAUACCUGAACCGUUAACACCAUGGUGGAAGAUGAAUCCAGGGAAGAGAACAUGAAUAUGUAGAAAAACCACUGAAAUGGCCUUAAUGUCAUUCUUACGAUGUCAUUUUCAUAGAGGACCGAUGAAAUGUUACUUGUCUCCUUCAGUUGUUAUAACAUGGCUAAUAUAUUCUGUUACUUAGACGUUGGGCCAGAUCAUCAGUGUCGAUGGCACAAUAAUUAUAUCGGGGCAGAUGCGGGUGCAGUAUGAAGAUGGACACGUCAGAAAUUCCCAUUUUCCUAUGUGGACUGGAAGUUGAGAGACAAGUUGACGUCAUCUCUGUGGCUUUGAACAAUGUCUAGUCUGACACUUCCACUGGUAGGUAAAGGCAUAUUCUUUGGGGCCAAGGCCCUGAUAUCAUGAUCAUCUCAUUGUGCCAGUCUAUGUUCUAUGAAUUGGGUCUGUUUCUAGAUAUGCUUGUUUGUUAUUGGGUCAGGGAGAGGUCCUUUGCAAUGGUGUCCUUAUUUCACUGGGACACUAAAGCUGAAAGUUUCCUUAUAGUUGCCAUCAGGGGGCUAUGGAGGGUGAGUGUUUCUGAAAGGUAUGAUGGGACUUCCUGGCUGGCCAGGUUUCCUGUAGAUCCUAAAUGGAGGGAGAGUCGCUAACUGUUACCAGAUGAAAAGAAGUAGGGGUUGUUACUUGCCCAAAUAAACGUUGUCACUAAAGGGUAUUUAAAAAAGAAAAAAAUUAUAAAAAGCUUUAUACUUUUGUCACAUUUUGUAUGUACUUCUGUUGCGUAUAUUAACACAUCUAUAAACAAUGUUUUAUUCAACAGUUUUAUGGAUCUUUUCUUUACAUACUGUGUCUAGGUUUGUUUUAAUCUAGUUUUAAUGUAUGCACGCUCAGUUUGCUCACCUUAUUUUAACAGAAAGGAAAUACUGGAGGUGCACUAGUUCACAUAUGUUGCCAGUAUGUAUAGCCUUGGGUGUUUGGUUCAAUGCCAAGCUCUAAAUUCACCUCUCCACACUGAACAUCAAGGGUCUUUCUGUAUUGUUUGCAUAACUACAUGUUGCGAAUGCACUAGUUUAGACCUUCAGAUGAACACCGGUACUAACUAUACCAUACAAUCAAAGCAACACCAAACAAAAAAACCUGUAUGGUUUGUAUUUUGAGAAAUGACGAAGCAAGACUGCAAGGAAAUGGUAUAAAAGGUUGCGGAGUAACUGAUAACUUGUAAUCAGUUACAUGUAAUCUGAUGACAAAAAAAAAACUCAUCAGUUUACAUCUUCUUUUGAAAAAGUAGAUUACUUCUUGAUAACUUUUAAAUUAAAAAAGGACAUUUGUGGAAAAAUACAUUGACACCUUUCUGUUUUCUCAAUGACAUGCAAUUCGGCAUUGAAAAAAGGCGCAUGUUUUAAGUUUGUUCCACCUGAGCGAGUCUGACAACUAUGAUGACACACCAAAUGUGUUUGGAUCUUUUUGUCUUCUUAUAAUGCCUCUUAAAGGAAAAUUCCACCCAAAAACAAUCUAUUAUUUGUUUCAUAAUUCCAUUGUUGACAUAAUCCCAAAAUGUUUUGCUUGUCAGCAAUCAAGUUUCCAAAAUGUGUAACUUUCAAAAUACAGAAAUCAUUCCUAUAUGAGGGCAUUUUUUGGGUGGCGUUUUCCCGUAAGGGGAAAGUAAUCUAAAAGCAACAAAGUAAUCAGGGUAUGUUACUGAGUUUGGCUAAUCCAAAUGUUACAGAUUGCAGUUUUGAACAGGUAACUAGGAACUGUAAUGGAUUACAUUUAGAAAUUAACCUAUCCAACCCUGAAAUAUGUGCUGCAGCAAAAGCUUUGUUAACCUAAUCUACUAGAUAAUGUGAUGCUAUCAAUUCAUGUAAGGACAAUCUUUUGCCCGGAGGGUAGUAAGAACUGAGGGUGACGCAUUUCCUGAAGAUUUCAACAUGUACUCUUUCUCUCAGCUGGUCAGGAUCUAAUUUGUUUCAUGCCGCCCACAUAGUGUUACACAAUCAUGUUGAAAUGUAUUACUGUAUUAUCUGUGUUAACGCAAAUAUAUUCUAGAACUUGAAGUUUAGUGUCCCUGCCUUUAUCCAAAUGAUUACCCUUAUGCCAUAUUAUUCCAGUAAUAGCUUGCUGUAAUCUAAUGUGCUGUAUCAUGAACCCAAACAUUUCCCACAGGAUGUCUCAUUUAGCUAAUGUCCUGAUGACUAUUCUGUCUUGAGGGUAAAGACAUUAUUUAUUAACCAGUGAAGGUAUACAGACCAGCAGCACCUCAAUAACAAAUACUGUAUCUAGAGCCCUGCUUUUGGACAAUUGUGGCGUGCCUGGAUUUGAACCUUUUAUUUGAAGUCUUUUCAUCAAACUGUCCCCUUUUUUCUUUUUAUGUCAGAUGAUCCAGGACCAUCCUCAGACCAUUGCUUUAAUUUUUGGUGGAAUUCUCAUUUCUUGAUAUAAUACAGGAUUAAACCUUGCUAUGUCACGUAAUUGCGCAAAAAACAGGGCCCCAUCACCACAGAGCAAUCCCAGGCUCGUGCCCUGUAUGACUGUUGUCAUUCAUCACACUGGGAGAUGGCCUUGACUCACAAGCACACUGUUUUUCUCGGAUUCUGCAUGGUUUCCAUGGAGAACUGUCAAUGGUCUGCGACAGCAUGGCUGUGUGUGUGAGUGUGAUUUCUCUCCUCACAGCGUGUGGAUGUGUUGUGUGUGGCAUGUCUGCUCCUCAAGAUAAUACUGAGGGACAAUCAUGCAUUAUAUUCUGAACGUGGAAGAUUUGUUGUGGCUAUGGCUUGCUUUUUCUCUGUGUUCAUCUGUCCCAGGCAGGAAUGCUGCAGUGUAAUCCAUGGUGCUGAUUGUACUCUGGUGCCCUUGUGUUGGCCCAGAGUGGCUCAGCUAUUUUUAUAUCUAAAAGGCCAGUGGUUACGCCAUGCAACCUCCAGAGAAUGGGAAGAUAAGGGUGCUGGAUAAAACUGUCUCCGUCUAUAACUGGGAUACUGAUAUGAGACACACUGACACGUUAUGCUAUUUUAACUCUGUGAAGGUAGUGGUUGUUUUGCUGGUUCUUAAACUUUUUUUUUUAAUUCUCACAAAUGUAAGGGAAGCACUCGUUUGCGCGUAGUUUUUUUGCUUUUCCAUUUGGGUUGUAUUUAGUAUGUAUGUAUUCUUUUUUUUUUUUUUUGUAAUCAUUUGAGAGACUGGACUGAAGGAGAGGGCAGCUUAUUUACAGUGCCUUCAGAAAGUAUUCACACCCCUUUUUCCACAUUUCGUUGUGUUACAGACUGAAUUUCUAGGUUAAAUUGAGAUGUGUCACUGGCCCACACACAAUAACCCACAAUGUCAAAGAGGAUUUAUGUUUUUAGAAAUCUUUACAACUUAAUAAAAAAUUUAAAGUGGCAA